AUGACGCAAGAUCUGAAGAAGCAUACAUCGUGUUCCUGUACCAACCUCCAUAACAUGGACAUCACUCAAGAUGAGUUGAAGCAAGCAGACACGUGGCCAGGUGACGGUGAGACGUUACAGACGGUGCAGGGAAAGAUGAGACAGGGAACUAAGGCAGGACUGGUGGCGACAGGGAGUGCAGGGCAGGAGACGGUGCAGGGACCGGGGGAGCAGGGCAGGAGACGGUGCAGGGGCCGGGGGAACAGGGCAGGAGACGGUGCAGGGACCGGGGGAGCAGGGCAGGAGACGGUGCAGGGACCGGGGAGCAGGGCAGGAGACGGUCAGGUACCGGGAGAGCAGGGCAGGAGACGGUGCAGGGACCGGGGAUGCAGGGCAGGAGACGGUGCAGGGACCGGGGGAGCAGGACAGGAGGCGGUGCAGGGACCGGGGGAGCAGGACAGGAGGCAGUGCAGGGACCGGGGAAGGAGGUCAGGAGACGGUGCAGGGACCGGGGAUGCAGGGCAGGAGACGGUGCAGGGACCGGGGUGCAGGGCAGGAGACGGUGCAGGGACCGGGGAGCAGGGCAGGAGACGGUGCAGGGACGGGGGGGAGUGCAGCAGGAACCGGGGAGCAGGUCAGGAGGCGGUGCAGGGACUGGGAGUGCAGGACAGGAGGCGGUGCAGGGACUGGGAGAGCAGGGCAGGAGGCGGUGCAGGGACUGGGAGUGCAGGGCAGGGAGACAGUACAGGGAGGCGGUGGGAGAGCAGGACAGGGAGACGGUGCAGGGACUGGGGGAGCAGGGCAGGGGAGGUGCAGGGACCGGGGGAGCAGGGCAGGAGACGGUGCAGGGACUGGGAGUGCAGGGCAGGGGAGGUGCAGGGACCGGGGGAGCAGGGCAGGAAACGGUGCAGGGAAGGGACUGGGAGUGUAGUGCAGGAGACGGUGCAGGGACUGGGAGUGCAGGGCAGGUGA